ACAGUGACCUUCCCACGAGCUUCCUAUUUUGUCCAUGGAUGAACAGGGGAAGGUCACAAAUCCUCCUCUAUAAAUAUGAUGAUAUUGGAUAGAGGAGGGGAUCCAAUUUUUCUCUCACUAAAGUUCACUCUUGAGAUAGAGCUCUCAUACGAUGAGGAUGACCUGGACAAGAUAGGAAGCGUAGCAAGAAAGCUACGUGCCCUGGAAGAAAAGGUGGACGAGAAGGCGGGAGCAAAGAAGCACACCCUGGCCAAAUCACCCUUUUCGGCCAGGGUACAUGCACAAAAAUUGAGGCGUAAGGUCAAGCUGGACGUGGAAAAAUUCACUGGAAAGGAGGAUCCAAACGUCCACCUUGACACCUUCCACAAUGCAGCACAGAUGGCCGGGUGCACUGAUGCUGAGGAAUGCCUGCUCUUCUUCUCAUCCUUGAGAGGGAGGCCAGUGGAAUGGUUUAACGGUCUUCCCCAUGGCAGGAUUGGGUCCUUUGAGAAACUUGCUGAAGUUUUCCGCAAGAAGUACCAGGACAACUGCAUCAAGAGAAAGAAGUUUACCUACCUUAACACGGUAGGUCAGAUCACCUUACCAGUUACUAUGGGGUCAGAGGAAAGGGGUGAUCAAAAGAACGCCCGGUCCUGCUACCUGGAAGCAGUCAAGAAGAUGACCCGCCAGUUCGAACAAAUUGAAUUGGUCUCCCAGCAGGUAGACAAGGGUGAGGAGAAGGCUAGGAUCGAGCCGGAUGCAAACAGGGAGGAAAUCCAGAUUGAUUCCUCCAAUCUUGAGAGGAAGGUCAAAAUUGGGGCUGACCUUCAGGAAAAGCUAAGGACUGAGAUUGUCCAGGUGUUGACCAG